GCCCGGAGGGUCCAGGCCUUACUUUCGGUGCUUUCUUGGCCAUGUGCGUUUGCGGCUGUCUUCACAACCCAUGGAAGGGCUGAAAGCUGGAUCCAGCUCGUUUUUAUCACGCUCUCUCCAUUCGCCUCUGCGUUUAUGCUUUGCAGGUAUCGCAAGACCCAAAGCAAAUCAUACGCGCCUCUCGAAAUCGCCUUGGAUGCCUUGAUGACUGCCAUGUUCCUGGGGAUCUAUCUUGCGGGGAUUAUCAUUCUUGCGAACUUGCAUGUCAACCGUUAUAGCUACACGAUCGCCCGUGGGAUCCCGCAGAUCUACUCCAAUCUAUCUUGCUUUUUGAUUUUCCUGGCAUACCUACGCUCCUUUGCUCAAGGAUUCUAUCACCGAUAUUUCAAACAGAUGAUCAAGGCCCGUCGGGGUGUUACCUACGUUAUCUGCCCAUCCUGCGACCGUUCCGCAGAGGAUCUCAACAGCAACCACUCGGAGAUGAAGGGUGGAAAACAGGAUGAUUCUACUUCGGCAUCUGCCUUUGGAGCCUUGUAUUCUGAUCACGAUGUCGAGUCUCAACCACUUCUCGUUGAUAACACUACGAUCGCGGAGGGUGAGCAAAUAACAGGUGUUGUCAACAAGGAUUGA